UUGCGGGCCUUUCAAACAUGGAGGAGCGGGAUCGGGGGGCGAGGUCGGCUCGCGCCGGGAGCCCCGCGCGGCCGCCCAGCCCGCGUCUGGAUGUCAGCUCUGACAGCUUCGACCCGCUGCUGGCCCUGUACGCGCCCCGCCUGCCUCCCAUCCCCUACCCCAAUGCGCCCUGUUUCAACAACCUGGCCCAGUACGAGAGCUUCCUCAGGACCGGAGUCCGGGGCGGCGGGCGCGGGCGGGCGCGGGGCGCGGCCGCGGGCUUGGGGGCUCCAGCCACCGCCGCCGCCGCCGGGCCCUCGGGCAGGACCCGCCGCCGCCAGGACGCCCCCGUCCCGGACCCCGAGCGCAUCCAGCGCCUCCGCCGCCUCAUGGUGGUCAAGGAGGACGGAGACGGGGCCUCCGGGGCGCGGCGGCGGGGUCCGGGUCGGAGCAGGAAGAAGCCGCGCAACGUGCUCACGAGAAUGCCCUUGCAUGAAGGCAGCCCUCUGGGUGAACUCCAUCGUUGUAUCCGGGAGGGGGUGAAGGUGAAUGUUCACAUCCGCACUUUCAAGGGACUUCGGGGCGUCUGUACAGGCUUCCUCGUUGCGUUUGACAAGUUCUGGAAUAUGGCACUUACUGAUGUGGAUGAGACCUACCGAAAGCCUGUUCUAGGCAAAGCAUAUGAACGGGACUCCUCACUGACCCUUACCAGGCUGUUUGAUCGACUGAAACUGCAGGAUUCCUCCAAGAAGGAAGCUGAUUCUAAGUCUGCAGUUGAAGACUCCACUCUGUCCAGAUACUCCCAGACGUCCACUUGGAAGGUGGCUUCGGUGUGGGGAAGAGGAGACACUGACCGGGGUUCACGCAGGCGUUCCCGCUCCGUCCCUUCUUCCCUGCAGGCAUCUGCAAGGGAGGAGUCCAGGUCAGAGCUGUCAGGGAGGACUACACGGACAGAAGGGUCGAGUGUGGGAGGUACCUUUUCCAGGGCCACCACCCUCUCCCGGGGCCAGCCCCGUAAGAAAAAGCGAAAGCCCAAAGUGGAUUACCAGCAGGUAUUCACUCGACACAUAAAUCAGAUUUUCAUUCGAGGAGAGAAUGUCCUGCUGGUUCAUCUUGCACAGUAACCAGCUGGGCUUCACCUGAGCUUUGGUUUUUAGACAUAAGGUGCAUGAACCGCUGCUAUGCUGUAUCCUAGUAUCCCAAUGAAACUCUGAGUUGGAAUGAUUCCCUCUGGUCCUGCAUGUGCAGAGCGUAGAGCCAGGCUGGGGCCCUUUGGGAGACGAGCUCCAUGAAGGGGAGGUAGGCCUUGGAAGAGUGGCUGGGUGUUUGCAUUAAUGCCAAGGCCAAAGCUGUGCAGAGGUGCUUGUGUCUGAUUUGGUGUCAUGGCCUUCAGACACUCAAACCAAAUAUAGUAAGAUCUUUAAUUAGGGGACAUGGUAUGCAUUGAAUUCACUCCACAGACACUACAGCAUGGUGUCACCUCAAAAAUGAUCUCAUUUCUAAAAGCUAGUGCCCUGAGCACUCAUGAGUUUGUUUCUAGGAAUAAAUAGCAGUAUAAACUGCCCUGAGCCCUGCAGCACAUCUUGUAACUGACCUUUGAAUUUUGCUUUGCGCCAUUCUACCAUUCUCUCUUGAUCAAGAAAUGUAAUUUGUUAUCUUUUAGUAUCUGUAAGAUCUAAGAAGGCUACCAGUUUCUGUAAGAGCAGAAUUGGGAUAGGUGGUAUACACAAAGCAGCCAGCAAUGAAUGCUCUGUCUUUAUCCCUCUCCUCAUUACGGGAAGGAAUACAGGACCCACUGGUCUUCCCCUGGCCAGAGGGAGCUUCUGCAGAUGGGGUACCAGAUGGGACUCUAAGCUGCUCUUGUCCUCUUUGACUCCUGUGGCAUGGUGCUAGUGCAUGUACCCUGUGUAUUGCCCCCUCUGUACAUAGUGUGACCUGUCCUGUGAGCUUUAUGGCAGGACAACCGUGACCUUCAUGUCUGGCUUCAAAGAGUUCUGUAGGAACUCAGUAAUACACACAUCGUGUGGCUGAGAGUCCCCUUUCCAGGCAGGGCUGGCCCUGCCUGGAGUAUCUUUCAGGAUAGUUUUCCAUGAAACAGGGGUGAAAUUUUAUUCCUUUAUGUCAGGCCAAAGAGUUUCUCACCAAGUACAACAGUGGUGUCUGCGAGGAACACUUUACUCAGCCUGGCUUGAGUAAUCGGAACACCAGACCACCUGCUACGACUUCUACUUGAAUCAUAUGUUUAUUCAGCCAUCCGUGUAAAAUAGGCUACAUUUUGACACAGACUGUUAGGCAGUAUUGACCUUUUGUUAGUUUAUAUUUGGUUUCAUUUUAGAUAACUUACGUUCAAAGUGAGAAUAAGAAAUAGCUAACCAGUUAAAACGUUUGAAAAGAAAACUUCCUCUGCUGUAUUUGUUGUGUCACUUAGGUAAGCCUUCUGAGAAGUGGCUGAAUAAAGUUCAGGGAGCCGGGACGCCUGGUCCUUCUGCGGGCCGGGCCCCGGCUCACCACACAGUGAAAGGAGAGCAGACUAGCCCCUCUGUGCCUCUGUUUUUCCCCAUCAGACACCUACCUCACAGGGGCACUGGGAAAGGGAGUUUGGGGGAAGGCAUGUUAACGUCUCUAAACAUGUUUUAGUGCCAUGAGUGAUUUUUACUCUGUUUCAUAGCAUGGCAGAAGUGCUGUGUCUCAUGAGCAAGGCAGGUGCUGUAUGAUAUAAGAGUGUAACCUCUGUCGGGGUCAAAGUUACGAUCUCGGUGUCAUCAGAAGGCAGUGAUACUUCAGGAACUCUUUUCCGUACUCCCUUCCUUUCCCCUAAGGAACAGUGGAAGUUCUCCGAAGAACGUCUGCAGUAAAAGGAAAGUAACGUUUCUUUGCUGUUCCCGCAUCCCAGGCCCCGCCCCUUUCUGGUCACUGUGAGAGGGGAAACCCCCCCCCCCACACCCGCACCCUGGGAGAGGUUUCCGUGGCAGUGCCGAAGGAAGGAUGCGCAUCUGAAAAUGACACAUCCCCAAAGGGGGCUCCGUGGGAGCUGUUUUUUUGUUUUUAUUUCAGAAUGCAUUUAAGAUACAUUCUUCAGAACCAGAUUAGAGGCACUGAACAUUUAGACAGGUUCUAGGUUACAAACGCAAGCGAACAGUCGCCUUUGGAAUCUGCCAGUCUAGGUCUCUUCUGAAUGGUGUAUCUAGAACCUCCGUUUCCCAAUUAGUAGCUGUUUGUUUAAUCACCCUUGCCUCUAGCUCCUUACCAGCCUUCCCUGUUUGGCUGUCCCAACUGUCUGCCCUCUUGUCCGUCACCUAGAAGCUGUAAUGGUUACUAUAUUUUUCCCAAUAAAGUAGAAAUUUGGAUUCAAAA